UGCUUGCAGGAGGCGUAAGAUGUUCAAUAAGUUGCAUUCAUGUGUUUCUGCGUCGCCCAACCAACAGGACACAGAUUCUAUCGUGAGCGAGGCCACAGUAUUGAGCUGCUGUUCCUACUCCUCCUGUCACUCCCCCAAGACGCCGCCACCUGUCAGUCUGUCACGGAGAGUCACGCCGCUAGUCACGUUUCUCCAGGUGUUACUGAGGGAGGUUUAGUCAUCGAGUAGCGAAAGCUGUGAUGUGAAAGUUCUGCUAAGUGUUCGUUCCCGCGGCUGUGAGAGUUACGCUGUGUAUGUGGGACGCAACGUUAUGCAAAUACGGAAGGUCAGAUCGACAUGGCUUGUGACACUCCCGACUUCUUGCAGAUUUUUUUUUCUUCCUUGGACUUAACUGAUUUGACAUGAGUGGACUAUCUGCUAUAACGUUUCCCUGAUAACAUUCCCCUUCUAAAUGACCUACAGUCCUUGUGUUAAUAUAAUAAAUAGCAACAUAUAACCCCCCAAAAAAAAGUAUUAAUAUCACCACGAAUCUAUACGUAAUGAACUUCGUAUAAAUGUGAUGUGGUAAUGAUAAAGUGUGGAUGAUAAUAAUAAUGAUAAUAAUAAUGAUAGUGGGAAAUCAGGUAACGCAUAUAUAUAUCCAAGAAGUAGUGAUUAAUUAGAGCAAAUCAAGGAGUAGGUAUUAUGAAGUUACACACCUAUUCAUAUAACCGUCACCUGCGUGUACAGUGCUAUUGAAUCAGCCCCUUAGCAAACAAGCAAACAAGUCCACAUUCUAUUUGCGUUCCCUGUGAAGAUCAAUGUGGCUCGCUUACGUCUCUCUCUCUCUCUCUCUCUCUCUCUCUCUCUCUCUCUCUUUGGGUACUAUUGCAGUUAUGUGAUAUACUGAUAAGCAGGGCGGGGUUACCAUAGUCCAUCUGAGUACCCACAAGGCUGAACGUUAGGGGUCAAAAGAACUAUAAGGUGGAGUGGCUGAUAAGGAGAUAAGACGAUAAUUAUGUAAGUAAAAACAGGAUAGCGUAAUACGUAUAGCUUUUGAGUCGACUGUCCUGAAAUAAAUACAAAUAAAAAGAUGCAUAUAUAGAGAGAUUGAUGGGACAGGAGUGCUAGGUUAUAGAUGAAGAUAUACAGCCUACCUCUUCAGACAACAUAAAAAAAUAUGAAAGUAAUGCUGAUAAACGAAUAAAAACCAGGACAGUGAAGUAUACGUGGUUUGGAAUUGAGCUGUCCUGAAAUAGAUGUAUAUAGAGAUUGAUAAGACAGAAGUGCUAGACUAUAGAUGAAGAUAUAUAGCCUACAAUUCCUCAGACGUACAGCACCAACAGAAAAAAGAAAUGUCCAUAAAGAUAGGUAAUAAUCAGUAAUAGCUUGAUAUUCGUCUGUCCUGAAAUAGAUGUAUGUAUAAAUUGAUGAAGGGAGAGUGUUAUAGAUAAAUGUGCAUCCUGAGACAACACCAAAAUAUAUACAACAAAAAAUAAGCUGAUCAGAAAAGGUAAUAAUAAAAACAGUGAGUGGUUUGGAGUUCGGCUGUUAUGAGUGUUAUAUGAAAGAAAUAGAAAGUGUUAUAGGUGAACAUAUGAAGGUUCCUCAGACAACACCAGAGAAAUAUAUGAAAAUUAUGCCAAUGGAAUUUAGUGAUACGAGCGCAUGAGGAUAAAUCAGACUCUGGAUUAAAUUAUGCUAUAUACUCUGCAUCACUUUUCAACGCGUGGGAGAAACGGGUUUAUUUUUAUACUUAAUAACAUGUAUAAUUCCACAAGUGUUCCGGGAUGAAGCUCCCAGACUCAUUAUUGUAUAUACCGCUCUUAAUAACAAGGGAGGGAUAAUUAACCCGGCCACGCAUCUACUCCCCAGGCUUCACGUUAUUAUCAUUAUUAUUACUAUUAUUAUUAUUGAGAUCCAUGAACGAGCAUUAAGGGAAAACAAUGAUAUCCUAUAUAGACCCAAACAGAAUCCUCUCGAUGAGCAGACGCGGAUUAAGCAAAGAUAACAUUGAAGAUAAAGAAAAAUAACUGCUGUAUGCGGGAAAAAAAAGAGAAAUUGAAAUAACAGGAGGAGAACCCACAGUGAAAAGUACUAUAAUAUAAAAUGACAAAAAUGCCGUUACAAAUUAAGGCUAUGCUGAAUACAAUUGUGUGAUAAAUAAGAGCAACAGCAUAUAGUAGGAAGUAUAAAAAAGGAUACAAAAACGAGGUACCCAAGGACGAGGUGAUAUUCCCUUUACAUUUGUAGCCUUGAUGCGGGCGAAGGCUGACACGCUAGCCAUUAAAAUUUGUGUCAAGGACGAUAAGCACCAAUAAUUCAGACAAUAUGGCACCUGUUCCGGGGAAGCCAUGCUGUUGGUGAAGGGUGGAAAACGCGGCCAUGGUGGAGCGGGGCGUGGUGAGGUGACGCCUGAUACCCCACCCACAGCAUGAACGGGUGGUCCAACAAUUAUUACACCCAACAGGCGGUGAGAGACACCCCUCGCCCAUCCCAAGGCCUAACCUCAAGCCCCUUCGUCAGCCGCUCCCGAAGGAACAGCCUCGCAAAGACCGACAAUGGAGUGGUGAAGUUAUGCGUGUUCCGCGUGGCCCACCUCACACAAAUCACCCUCAGGUCCUUCAUUGAGCGCCAGGACGUGAGGGUGCUGGAUAUUGAGCAGACUUCCCACAAUGGCACGGCGUAUAGGUCCUUCGUGGUUACCGUGGCGGAGAAGGACGCCCCCAAGCUGCUGAAUAAGGGCUUCUGGCCGGGCCUUGUGGCAUGUAGGACUUUGGAGGACGACGAGCCUUUGCGAAAUGAGGUCUUCAGCAGGAGGAACGUGCGGGAAAAUAUUGUUAUUCCCGCCAGCAGAACAGGUGACUCCAGUCCACAUCGCAGCCGCAGGAACAGCACGAUGAGCGGGGCACUGCAAGACAAGCUGAGGUCACUCCAACAAGUGGCUGGCCAACCUUACAACACGAACAGCACUGAUGAACAAGUGAGGAAGGAACGUAAAAGAGCGAAUCGCAACUAUUUAAAAGUGAUCGAAGGAAAGAAUGACAGAGAGCCAACCAGUCUCCAAAAAGAAAAGUUACCGGCUGUCAAAAAGAACGGUCUUGGCGAAAAGGGAUCCAAAAGUGUCAUGCGUAAGAUUGGUAAGUCUCCUAAAGUGACUAGAAAGGCUGCCAUCAUCAAAGUGAAGCGGAAAAUAAGUGAUGAAAGUAACCCUGAGAGGAAAGAACCCCCAAGGACUUCCACCGUAAAGGCAAAACGAAAACAAAGUGAUGAAAAUAAAGUGAAAAAACAAAACCCAAGUGACACUGAAAAGGGAAGAGCAAGAACACCCUUUUACAAGACAGCAAGGACUAGGAAAUCAAGUGUUACAAACUUUCCCAACCCAACCAAGAACCGGAAACUAAAGACUGAGGGUGAUACGAGUAGCAGGAACAGUAACAGUGAAAGGACAUCAGACCAGGAAAUAAGUGAGGGGAAAACUCGGCCACAGAAACCUGAUAUAUCCCCCCUCAGGGUACCCACAGUUAACAAAAAAUAUACAACCCUCUCCAGCCAAAAACCCACAGAAAACAAAGAAAACUUCAGCAAACCCCAGGAAAUUCAAUCAAACUGGCUCAAACCGAUGCAGGCCCUUCUGAAAGUUUCAUCCGAGGAAGCAAUGGAAAGGCUACUGGGACCAGAGUUUGAUGGACUUAUAAUACAGGAAAACAUAUCAGACCGAGAGCUGUUUCUGGGGGUGCGAUUGCUGGCUCACUGUGCCCGGGCUGAUGUGGAACCAACCAUGCAGCAGAAUUUAGUGUACCGGAUUUGCCAGCCACAGAUUAUUACGCUCAUCAAGGAGUUUACAAGGACUGUGGAGGAGAAGUACAAAGAGAGGGCCGAGAGCUAUUUCUGGCACCUUGGGGAGUUCCUAGACUUGUAUAUAGUGCAUGAGAUUUUCCUACAGGGUAUGCUUAGUUUAUUCACCACAUGCCUGUCCAAGAUCCUGGCCUUAAGUUACAGGAAGUAUGUGAGUAUGGACUUAGUGAAGGUGUACAGAGGCAUGCAUUCAAAGGUGUUUACAAAUCUGCCAUGACAAUACCUGUAUAUUUGAUGUCUCUUUUGAUAAACUUCCUUCCAGAGUGGAGCUGUGUCACACAGCCAUUAAUCAGACAAGUCCUGUCAUUUCUCUUACAUAUCUGAUGAGAAACUACACCGAGUCAUGAUAUGUGGGAGUAUGAGGUGCAACACAUGUAGGUCACUGUAUGUUGAGCAAUAUUUUCUUACUCAUCAAAGCCAUAAUCACAAAUAACUGUUCUGUACACAAAUACUGUACUCAAUAUUCUCACAAUGCAGAAUAUACAAAUGCCAAGA